AUGGCUAUCGAUAUCCUAACCUUAGAAAACAGGUAUAUUGAUUCUUGCAGGAGACACGGUGUUUUGCCUAAUGCUACUAUUUUGUCAAGCUUUUUCAAGGCCGAGGUAAAAAAAUCCAACCAAGAGCCAUGCAUCCUGGAGAUUUUAAUUGACGAUCUUAAGGAUAUUGAUUUUGCUCCACUCUUCGAGAUAUGCAUGAACAUUGAUACUUCUGAAAUAGAAGCUGUUGAUGUACGUAACGAAUCACCAUGUGUAUUAAGUGGAGAAUAUGCAUUAUCAGUGAUGCGUGCUAUUAAGCAAAAGCUUCGGGUAGUUGAACUACAUGAUGUUUCAUUUGCAAAAGACUUCGUACGGGAUAUCUCGCAAGGUUUGACAUGCCAAGUCUUGACAUUGAGGUCUUGGCGUUUCCGGAAGUUGAGCUUGAUGGGGGAGUUCAUGCAUAUGCACACACUUAACCUUGAUUUCAGUUCUUCCCUUACCGGUUUUGAAGAAGACUGUUUUAAUUGCAUGCCCAAUCUAAUGUGUCUCUCAAUGUGUGAAACAAGAAUUUCAAAUCUUUGGACAACUGUUGCAGCUCUCUCUAAGCUUCCUUCUUUGGUUGAGCUAAGAUUUCAAUAUUGGCAGUAUUGUAAUGAUGAGGGAACUUCUUUUACCUCAUCCAGUGGGAAGUCAGAUGCCACCGCCGAUUUUAGUCUGCUUGAUAGAGUUCCUUUUAUUGGGGAAUCCUGCAUUGAUACAAGGGAACUAACAGAUCUUAACAUUAGUGUCGAGGAUCCACUUAGAAAUUUUUAUUCCUUUGAUGAAGAAGUUAUGAAUCAUGAUGUUCAAAGCAUGGUCGAGGACUCAUCAGAUGAUAGUGAAAUUGAAUUGACAAAUCAUCAUCAUAGAGACUGGUUGGCAGGUGUUUUUCCUAGGUGGAAUUUACAAAUGCCUCUUCAGAGUGAGAACGAAGAACAGUCGUCAAGAGAUUACUUUACAGGGAAUAGUGUUGAUGUUUCUAUGAAGUACAUGUCUUGUCAUGCAUCACCAAUAUGUCAGGAAAAACAUUACAGAGAAUUCAUAACAGCUUCAUUGCCGAAGCUGAAAAGUUUAGAUAAUCUACCGAUCAGAAAUAUUGACAAGGAAAGGGCUACUGGAAUAUUUUCUCAGUACUUUGAAUAUCUUCCAUACAGAUGGAAGAGCAAAGAAAGUGUUUUAAGUAUCUUACACAAGCGAGAAAUAAAAUCAGGCCGCAUUAAAGCUCAAUCUUCUAAGCGUAGCCCAUCACAUCCUUCUGGAACGUCUCAACAUUUUUAUACAAGGUCUCUUUCUGCUGCUAAACUAGGGUCUUCAACUUGGCCUCUCUUACAUCCUCUUUCUCUAUCAGGGUUUGAAUUGGAUAAGGGAUUUCGGCCAAGGCAGUUUGAGUAUCACCCAUCUGACUCCAGCUUGAUGGUGUUUGGAACUUUAGAUGGUGAAGUAGUUGUCAUCAAUCACGAAAGUGAACACAUUGUGAGUUAUAUCCCAUCACUUGGCGCGAUGAAUAGUGUCUUGGGCCUUUGUUGGCUUAAGAAAUAUCCUUCUAAGCUUAUAGCAGGUUCAGAUAAUGGUUCCCUGAAAUUAUAUGACAUCAACCAUACACCGAGAAAAAUUACUGGCUUAUACGGGAACUCUGGUUGUGUUACCUUUGAUGAAUUUGACCAGCUGACAUCUGUUCAUGUUAACUCCACAGAUGAGUUAUUUCUUGCAAGUGGUUACUCAAGAAAUGUUGCUUUGUAUGACAUCAACAGUGGAAAGCGCUUACAAGUAUUCACAGAUAUGCAUCGUGGGCAUAUUAAUGUAGUGAAGUUUGCAAAUCAUUCCCCAUCAAUUUUUGCCACUUCAUCAUUUGAUCAGGAUGUCAAGAUGUGGGACUUGAGACAGAAACCAAUUCACCCUUGCUUCAUUGCUUCAAGCUCUAGAGGAAAUGUGAUGGUUUGUUUCUCUCCAGAUGACCAAUAUAUUCUAGCAUCGGCAGUUGACAAUGAGGUUAGACAAUUUCUGGCUGUUGAUGGUAGGCUUCACUUAGUUUUUGAUAUAGCUCCAACUGAAAGUUCUCAAAAUUACACCCGUUCUUAUUACAUGAAUGGGAGGGACUAUAUUAUAAGUGGAAGUUGUGAUGAGCAAAUUGUCCGUAUUUGCUGUGCUCAAACAGGGAGGCGCCUGAGAGAUAUUUCCCUGGAGGGUAAAACCUUAGGAAGUUCCAUGUUUGUUCAAUCUUUGAGAGGCGAUCCUUUCAGGGAUUUCCAUAUGAGUGUGUUGGCAGCUUACAUGCGACCUGGCUCCAAGUCUGAAAUAGUCAAGAUCAACUUACUAGCAUCUAGUGGCCAUGCUAAUGACGACUCUGAUGAUCAUCCUGUAUGCCCAUCCAACAUUAUGGGAGCUUGA